GGCCACCACCGAGGCCACCACUGCAGCCACUGCCACAGCCAGGGGAACAGAGGACAAGCCCACAGCCACAGCCACUGCCCAGCCCAGCUCUGACCCGCAGGGAGAUGCUGCCAGCCACGUCCAAGCUCUGCGCCGCCAUCUCCUACCGCCACCUGCGCAACAUGACCGGUCUGAGGAGACAAGCUGCCGUGGCCAUCAGCCAGGAGCUGAGCAGGCUGGCCAGCCGCAGCCCGGGACCCAGCUCCUGGAUCCACCAGGUGCGCAGGAGAAGCUCCUUGCUCAGCUCAAGGCUGGAGGAGAAACCCUUCAGCGAGAUGGAGAUGUCUUACAUCAAGCAAGGAGAGGAGGCCCUGCAGAAAUCCCUCAGAAUCCUGGAGGACCAGGACGACUGGAAGACAGAGACGGUGGCGGGUAACGGGGACAAAGUGCUGAGCAAGGUGCUGCCGGGCGUGGGGAAGGUGUUCCGGCUGGAGGUGGUGGUGGACCAGCCCCUGGACGCGGUGUACGGAGAGCUGGUGGACAACAUGGAGCAGAUGGGAGACUGGAACCCCAGCGUCAAAGAAGUCAGGAUUCUGGAGAAGAUUGGGAAGGACACGGUGAUCACCCACGAGAAGGCGGCCGCGACCCCGGGGAACAUCGUGGGGCCGCGGGACUUCGUGAGCGUCCGGUGCUCCAGGAGACGCGGCUCCACCUGCGUCCUGGCCGGGACGUCCACCACCUACGGGGCCAUGCCCGAGCAGGAGGGCUUCAUAAGGGCUGAGAACGGUCCCACCUGCAUGGUCCUGCGCCCGCUGCCCGGCAGCCCCUCCCAGACCAGGCUCACCUGGCUGCUCAGCAUCGACCUCAAGGGGUGGCUGCCCAAGACCAUCAUCAACCAGGUCCUGUCCCAGACACAGGUGGACUUUGCCAAACACCUGAGGCAGCGCCUGGCCCGGCCGGUGCCUGCGGCCUGCUGACCACAGCCUGCUGACCACGGCCCACUGACCACAGCCCACUGACCACAGCCUGCUGACCACAGCCCGCUGACCACGGCCCACUGACCACAGCCUGCUGACCACGGCCCACUGACCACAGCCCACUGACCACCCCCGUGCAGGGCUUCCUUCAGGGGACAAGUAUAGGGCCACUUCAAUUAGCCAAGGCCUUUAAUAGCAGACUCCACUAAUUAAUACAUAGCUACACUCAAUAAAUAGAAAGGUUUAUUUAUUGAAGCUCAUUGUGUAAGUGCAGGACUAAAAAUUUCAUUCCUGCAGUUGCUUAACUGAGCACGUGCUGGCCCAGUCAGCCAACCCCACCCUCCCUAAUUACUUUCAAUGAAUAAAGCUUUAAUUAGU